UUUUUCUUUAUCGGCAGGAAGAAAAGCUUGCGGUUGUCUUGUAGACAAGAUUUUGAUUGGGUUGAUUUGCGAUGAAUUUUGUGAAGAAUAGAAUUUGGGGUGUAGUUCAUCAUGUCUUAUGAGCAUCAACAGUUGGACCCUGGAGCUGUAGAGGACUCUUUGGCACCUACUAGACCAAUUUGUCAACACGUGGAUUGGUCUAAGAUAGGUCUUACUCCAACAAGACUACAAUUUAUUGGAGAACUAGUUUCAGAGUUCAUUGGUAUUUACUUGCUUAUUUUGGUUGGGGACAGUUGUUCAUGUAUGGCUUUGCUCUUCUCACCUAGUCCUUAUUUGACAUCCUAUUGGGGAGUUUGUAUCACAUGGGGUUUAGCAGUCACUUUUGCUAUUUAUGGCACGGGUGGUGUCUCAGGCUGUCAUAUCAAUCCUGCAGUCACUGUAAGCUUUGCACUCUUCCGAGGUUUUCCAUGGUGGAAAGUGGUGCCAUAUAUUAUUGCACAGUGGAUGGGUGCAUUUGUAGGCGCUUUUUCUGUAUACAAUAUGUAUUUUCCCAUAUUUACAGCAUAUCUCAACAGCAACAAUAUUACCAAGCAAGAUUCAGUCACUAGCUCAGAAUCUUUCUUUACUUCGGUCAAUGAGCAUCUCACCAAUUAUGAUGGUUUUAUUGGACAAAUAUAUCAAACUGGCAUUUUAUUAUAUGGAAUCUUUGCCGUUACUGACCCAUUCAAUCCCAACUCGUUUAGUCACAAUGGAUUGAAGGCAUUGCUUAUUGGUUAUGUAGUUGCAAUGGUUGGUGGUGGAUUUGGCUUUCUUGAGGGUUUUGCUAUCAAUCCUGCAAGAGAUUUUGGUCCAAGGGUGGCUGCUUAUGCUCUCGGUUGGGGGAAGGCUGCCUUUCCUGGUUUCCAUAAUUAUUGGUGGGGUCCUAUUUGUGGACCUUUGAUUGGAGGUCCUCUUGGUGCAUUUAUUUACGAAGCCUUUAAUCGUCCUUUUAUGCCAGGAGUGCAAGUUCACGGAGAUACCCCUCUGAUGAGUGCUUGGAGCCGUUUGGUUAUUAAGCUUUUCCCUAAAAUGGCGUUAUAUCAUUUUCAGAAGGGAGAAUCAGAAAAGUCCAGCAUUUUCAUCGAAGAUAGAUUCCAUCAGGAUAUGCAUGUUAAUAUGGAUGUUGGUCCAGGUGGAACAACACAACAAGAGUCUGGUAUAGAAGGUUUGGAUAGAACUUUGUAGUGUUUUUUUUAGUUGUGAUAGAACCUAGUUGUUGAGUUGAUCAAUAGCUGCUAUUUACGAAUUCUUGUUUAUUUUGAUUGUCAAAAAGAAAUUUAGAAAAUAGGAAGAGUUAUUUUGAAUGUAGAGA